AUGGGACAAAGAUUAUCAGUACCUCAUGCGAUAUUAUCUAAACCUCAUUCUUCAAAAAAAAAGCCUAUACUGUUUAUUACUGGUGGUGUUGUUUUAUUAUAUAUCCUUAACCAGUAUGCAGAGAACGAAAAAAAAAGACAAGAGGCUCGUGCUGCUCGUGCUGCCUUAACACACGAUUAUAGAAAUAAAAGACAUAAAAAAGUUGGUGUAGAUGCACGGUUUUUUGCACAGAUUAGAAAAUUAUUACCAAUUUGUAUACCUGGUGUUGCUACCAAGGAAUUCAUACUACUUAUUAGUCUUGCAUUUGUUUUAAUUGCUCGUUCUCAGCGUUCAAUGGGUAAGAGUUCUUUUAAAGCAAUUGUAUCUAGAGAUAGAAAAGCUUUUAUUUCAAGAGCGGUCAUAGAAUUCGGAUUAAUGAUGUGGCCAAUGAGCGUAGUAAACAAUUCCUUAAAACUUACUAUAAAUGCAUUAGCUUUAUCAUUUAGAACACGCCUUACAAGGUAUGCUCACGAACAAUAUUUAAAAGAUAUUACAUUUUAUAAAAUUUCAAACAUUGACAAUAGAAUUCAAAAUGCAGAUCAAUUGCUUACUCAGGAUAUUGAUAAAUUUGCAGAAAACUUGAGUCAUUUAUAUUCAGAUAUUGCUAAACCUUUAGUAGAUUCUCGAAUAAUUACUCAUUCAGAAGAGAUUGCUUUUUAUGGUGGUAAUAAUCGUGAAAAGGCUGUUGUAAAUGGAAGUUUCGAUAAGAUCGUGAGACAUGUAAAGAAAAUCUAUAGAUUAAGAUUCUUUAAUGGUAUUAUUGAUUCGGUGUUGGUGAAGUACUGUGCAACAAUGACAGCUUAUUAUCUUUUAUCGAGACCAGUAUUUGAUCCUAGAUACGCCACUGAAUUCAUGGGUAAAAUGGACGCUGAUCCAACAAAGAUUAUGGAAGACUACUCAAGAAAUUCUGGAUACUUGGUGAAUUUAUCACAAGCUAUUGGAAGAUUAAUUCUUGCUGGCCGUGAUUUAACCAGAUUUGCUGGGUACACUUCCCGUGUCGCAGAAUUGUUUGAUGUAUUAGAGGAUGUUAAUAAGGGUAGAUAUGAACGAGCCAUGGUUGUAAGUAAAGAUUCUAAAGAAGCAAAUGUUAGUAGAGCUGUAACACCAAACGAUCUUAAAGGAAAAAUUAUAAGAAGUGAUGGUGUUAUAAUUUUUGAAAAAGUUCCAAUUAUUACUCCUAAUUAUGAUGUUUUGACUGGAAUGAAUUGUUUAAUAUCUGGGCCUAAUGGAUGUGUACAUUUAUGGCCUUUAUUUGAUGGAGUUGUUACAAAACCAACACCUUCCAAAUUAUUUUAUGUUCCUCAAAAACCAUAUUUGGCACUUGGAACUUUUCGUGAUCAAAUAAUCUAUCCUGAUACCAAAGCUCAAUCAAAAACUAAAGGAUGGGAUGAUGAGAAAUUGAUGGAACUACUUGAAGUUGUGCAUUUGGGCUAUUUGGUUGAACGUGAGGGUAGCUGGGAUGCUGUACAAGAUUGGGCCGAUGUUUUAUCCGGUGGUGAAAAACAGAGAGUUGCAAUGGCUAGACUUUUUUAUCAUCGUCCACAAUUUGCAAUAUUAGACGAGUGUACCUCAGCUGUUAGUGUUGAUGUAGAAGGCAUUAUGUAUACAUAUGCUCGUAAAGUUGGCAUCACACUAUUUACCGUCUCACAUAGGCAUUCACUAUGGCUUCUAAGAUUUGAUGGAGAAGGAGGUUAUGAAUUUAGAAGACUUGAGGAAAGCGAUUUAACAACGCCAUUUUCUCUCCCACAUACAAAGCAAUCAAACAAUAAAUUUGUAACAAAAAAAGAAGAUGAAGAAUAA